AUGGACGAUAUGUCAACGCGUCUCUCCACCCUCCGAUCGCUCCUCCCCUCUCUCCAGUCCACUCUUGAAACGUUCAAUGCCUCCCAGUCGAAGUUCCACAUCGUUCGAACGAUAAACCCAUCCCCCACGCAACCCCGCACGCUCUACAUUCUCGACUCCUCUUUCAACCCACCCUCCCGCGCACACCUUUCGCUCGCUACAUCCGCUUUAAGACACCAAAAACCGGGCGAAGAGAGACCGACGAGGCUGUUACUGCUGUUCAGCACACACAAUGCGGACAAAGCGCCCAGUCCGGCAAGCUUCGUACAGCGCAUCGCGCUGAUGACAGUCUUCGCCCAAGACGUACUACAAACCUUGAAAAGCGACAAAGACGUUUCAAAUGUCAGCAUCGACAUAGGCCUAACAAAAGAGCCCUACUACACCGACAAAUCCGUCGCAAUCGCGUCCGAAGCACCGGAAGUCUACGCCUCGAAACCCAUACAUGUCCACCUCGUCGGCUACGAUACGUUGAUACGCUUCUGCAAUCCGAAAUACUACCCGAAAUACACGCCACCGUUAUCCGCGCUCAAGCCGUUCUUCGACGCAGGACACAAGCUUCGCGUCACACAAAGACCAUUUGAUCCUAAUGACACCUCGUCGAAAGAGUUUGGCACUGUGGAGGAACAAGAGAAGUAUUUACAGCACAUCAAGGAAGGUGGACUGGAGAAAGAAGGGUUUGAAGCAAGUUGGAGGGGCAAUAUUGAUAUGGUUCAGGGAACGGGAAUGGGAAUCAGUUCGACGAGGGUGAGGAAUGCUGCGAAGGAGGGGAGGUGGGAUGAGGUGGAGGCGCUGUGCACGGAAGGCGUUGCGGCUUGGAUAAAGGACCAGGAGCUAUACAAAGAGGAUGCGAGUGGGAAGAAGAUGAUGGGUUGA